GCACAAUCACUGUAGACGUGUUAGGUUGAAGAAGACACUAUGGCGAGGUCUGCGCUGCUUACGUUGGUCUUGGUGGUCUUGGUGGCAGUACACUACGCUGCAGGUGGCGCUGUACCACGGACGGUGUCUACAGAGCGGGGGCGAAUUAUCAACGGCGUGGACGCAGCCCCAGGAGAGUUCCCUUUCCAGCUGUCGGUGCAACUUGACUUUCUCGGCACCUACAUCCACGCCUGUGGCGCGUCUAUCCUCAACGAGUUCUGGGCUAUUAGCGCCGCCCACUGUUUCGAGAUGGGUGGCUUCUAUGCCAUACUAGCGGGAACAACCAGUCUCGUGCAGGGUGGUUCCAUGAUAAACAUCAGUGAGACUAUAAUCCAUCCUCAAUACGACAGUUCUAAUUCCUGGAUCAACGACAUCGCCUUAAUCAAGGUAGCGACGCCUUUUGUCCUGGACGGCACCACGAUGGGAACUAUACAGCUUCCAGCUCAAGGACAGGAGACUCCAGACGGCUCCAGUGUCACUGUCAUCGGCUGGGGUAGCACCUCCUUCGGUGGAAGCUCUCCGGCUGAGCUGCAGAAAGUGGACAUCGUGGUGUGGAACCAGGAGCUGUGCUCGUCUCUCUUCUGGGACGGCUUCGAGUACCCGGUCUACCCCACCAUGAUCUGCGCAGCUGGCGUCGAGCAGCAAGCUGGCUCCUGCAAUGGUGAUUCUGGAGGGCCGCUGUUCCACGAGGGAGUCCUGGUGGGCAUCGUGUCGUGGUCCUACAACUGCGGCGAGCCACCCUAUCCAGACGUAUUCACGCGCGUGUCCAGCUAUGUGGACUGGAUCAACCAGUACAUCACCGCCUAACAGUGGCUGCGGGUCGCUUCCUGU